AUGCCUAUGAAGGUGGUGUGUUACGACAAAGGUGGCACUGACGUCAUGCCGUUCGAAAACAUGGGAGCCGACAGAAGUGCCUACAUCAACAACCUGCAGCUGCAGCUGUACGACGAGGUCACGGGGUCACCUGUCUACUAUGUCACAGUAAAGGCACAGAACGGGGCUGGGGCAUUUUCUACUGAAGUGGUUUCAAGCCCGAUUAAGGUAGUCCCCGGUGAUAAGGCGGGAGUGGUUGUGGACGGCCCACACAUGGCGGACAGCCAGGCUGAUGACGUGGCCACAGUAGACGUGGACUACCAACUUCACACGGGCACUGUCACUGUGCGCUUCAAGGGAUUUGAGAGUGCGAGACAUGGCAUUGUGCACUACGAGUGGGCGGUUGGUACUGCCGCGCUCUGGGAUGACGUACAGCCGUACUCAUCUGCAGGGAUAGUGCUGUAUGAAGACAAUGCUGACAUGGAAGGAAUCGGGGGAGAAGGCCACGCCCAAGCCCUGCUGCCCCUUCGUCCUGGACAGCUCUACUACACAACAGUCCGGGCAAUCACCGGCGCUGGGGACAUCCUAGAGUCAUCGUCAGACGGCUUCACUGUAGACGUCACGCCUCCACAGAUCGACUUCCUCGGCUUCGGUGUCACGUCUGAAGAUGAAGAGUUCACCUUCGGGCCUGACAUGUCGCGGUACCAGCUGUCAGCAGACUACAUCACGGCGGAAUGGGGCUACAGGGAGGAGGAGAGUGACGUGGUGUUCGCUUCGUUUGCGUACGGAACGUUCCCAGGCAGCCAUGACGUGUAUAACCGGACUGUGACGAGCCAGAGGACAUCGGUGCCAAAUGGUCGGGUGCAUCCAUCGACACAGGGGCGGCCCAACAUCCUCAGCCUUACGGCAAUCAACUCCGUCGGCCUGCGCACUGUUGCCCUUUCCCCAAGUCUGACGGUAGACUCGACCACGCCGGAGGCUGGUGACGUCAUCUGCCCACGUCACAUCCCCGGCACAGACGAAUUAUCCUGCACCUGGCACGGCUUCCGGGACGAGGAGAGCCACAUCCACCACUUCCUGUUCGGGGUCGGCACGGAGGAGGGAGAUGACUCCAUAUUCCCAUUCACGAGGGUGUCGGGGAAAGCGGACAGGUUCAAGGCCAAAGGAUUUGCUGGACAGUUUUUGCGUCACCAGGAAAGCUACUAUGCCACAGUGAUCGCGUAUAAUGCAGUGGGAGGGAAAACAUCAGCCUACUCAGAGGCGAUCGUUGUUGAUGACACCCCACCUGUUCCUGGGACUGUGGUGGAGCUGGACAGUAUCUACCAUGCUGACUUAGAGGGGGAUGAUGCAGAUGGUAGAGGAAAGUGUGACAAUGAAGAAGACUGCCAGGAGAUGGAUGCCAGGUGUCAGGCUUCUGUCAGUCAAGUCACUGUUGCCUGGCAACCAUUCAUGGACCCAGAGACACCGAUCAUCAGGUACGAAGUAGCUGUAGGAACUGUGCCAGGAGCAGCAGACCUGCACAGCUUCCACCAGGUUCCCCAUCCUGACACUCGCUUCUUUGUCGUUAAGAACCUGGAUCUGUCCGACAUCAGACAGGUGUUUGUGACAGUGAGAGGACACAACGCUGCAGGCCUGUCCAGUGUGGCUGUGUCUAACGGAGUCUACAUCAGUAAGAUCAGUGCCGGGUUACCUCCCCUCACACCGCUCAUUGUCAACGAUGGGGAUCACAAUGGCGACAUAGACUACCAGAGCCAUAACGAGGAGAUGAGCGCACACUGGGACUUCAGCGGUGACCCCUGCCCUCCCGUCCGGACGGAGUGGUCAGUGGUCAGGCUGGACGGGAUGGAGAUCUGGCCUCUCACCGAGCUGGAUCCAGGCACUGACAGUGCCACAUCGGACGAGUUUGACCUCCGUGAUGGUGAAACGUACUACACCGUUGUCAGGGCAACCAACCAGCUGGGCUACAGCUACUCCACCAGGUCUGAUGGCGUCACAGUCAGGCUGGAGCCUCUCGUUCCCGGGGUAGUCAGGGACGGCCCCAUCAUCGGGUUCGACCUGUCCCAUCAACAAUCUGUGACGUCACUGUCGGCUAACUGGGACAGCUUUGGAAAGGAUUACGGUCUUGGGGAUGCUGCUGCCAUUAAUGGCGAAACCGUUGAGCCUGGAGACCACCAAAUCGUAGACCAUUACGAAGUCGCGGUAGGGACGGACCGACGGUACCCGAGUACCCGCACCAACAUCCGCCCGUUCAUCAACGUCGGGAAGAACAAGACCGUCACGUUUGAACACCUUCAGCUCAUCCCGAGAACAGGCAUUUACUACGUCACGGUCAGAGCUGUCAGUCUCGCGUCAUCUGCGACGGAAGUGACGUCAAACGGCAUCCGGGUGGGAUUCGGUGGGGACAUCAUAUCUCAUGGAGAGGUACAAAUACCAAGAUACAUCUCCUCUGAAGCAAACAUCACGGUGGCCUGGAGUGAUUUUGAGUUCACCAUGCCGAUCCUCCUCUACCAGUGGGGAAUCACAACCAACCGGACCAAACUGGAGGAGCUGAACUGUCUAGAUCUGCAAAACUUUGAUGAAGACGGAUACGCCGGAGUCAGUGAGGAGCACGCCCACCUGUUUGACAUCUACCCCCUCACCAAAGUGGGCAGGAACACCAUGGUUCAGUACCAGGGUCUGGAGCUCCAGCAUGGACACACCUAUCACGUCGUUGUCGUGGCAACGGAUGAGGCUGCGCAGUGCGCCAUGGCCCUGGCUGACGUCACCAUUGAUACCAGCCCUCCGGUGGAAGGACAUGUGUUUGUAGGAGCACCAGGAGAUAUGAACGUCAUGUACGCAGCCAUGACAGACCGGAUGGAAGUAUUUUGGGAGGGUUACCAUGACAACACAAGCGGCAUCGCCCAGUUUGAGGUCUCCCUGCUGUCGGGGGGUGACUGCCAAUCACGCGGCAAUGAGCAACGCACCGUUAAAGUCGACUUUGUGCCUGUCUCCGCCAACGAGUCUUCAUACAUGUUUGUUGACAUUGAUCUGAAGCCUGACACGCCAUACUACGUGACCUUCCGGGCCAUCAACCGAGCUGACCUGGUGACGGAGUCCACCACCCCUUCCAUCCUGCUGGACCUGCGCGACCCUGUGGCUGGUGACGUCAUGGACGGGGUCAACUUCCAAACCGACGCCACGCACCAGAGCUCCUUGUCGGAAAUGAAAGGUGUGAUUAUACACCAUCCUAACCCUGUUGGUGACCCCUGCCCCAAGACGAGCUAUCCUAUGGACGAAAUGCACGACAGCUGGUCUGCGUUACAGACGACUGGACUGUGGGGAGUGUCGGGGGAGAGACGGAUUCUGUUUCACCCAGAGCAGCUAUCUUUUGAUGAAGAUGAGGGCUUGUCUGUCCGCCUGACCCGUGAUAUUGAGUACGAGAGGAUGAUGUCAGGAGCCUACUCUACAGAAGUGGACGGCAGCACAACAGGGCAGUACGAGAUGGACAUCAUCGCUGCCAGUGGCGAGCUUCAGGCGGUCACCAGUGUUGUGUUCUGGGAUGGACUGGAAGGCGUGGUCGGAGAUCACAUCGAAAUGAGCCUUGAACAAGAAGAAGAACUUUUCCCCGGCAGCAACGAAAACUGCAGCUGUUGCCAGAUAGGAGACACUGCUAACAUUACAGCUGCUAAUGUUACAGGCAACUGUAACUGCACCUGCACCAGCCCCAGCCCCACAAGUGAACCUCAAACCAAUACUGAAGAGCCGGCGAGCGCGACUGAGUCCCCACCAGAAUGGACCAUCGAGGAGGAGGAUGCAGAAGGAGGAACCUCCGGGACGGAACCCAACUCAAACAGCUUUCCGUACGCUUCCUGUGGACUACAGAUUCAUUCAGAAACUUCUGACAGCCCCAGCUACGCCGGGCUGUGGUGUCGGUUUGCGAACGGGACAGAAUCAGAACAGGGAGAAACUGUGAAGUUGGACUUCGACCCGUCAGCUGCCUGGCACAAGUACACCUUACAGUUCAUGGAGGAGAAGAUCUUUGCUACCAAGGUGGACAGAUCCGUACGGUUGUACAUUGACGGCCAGUUUAAGGCGGUCCUGACCGGAAUCCCCACCCUGAGCCAACAGGCAAAGUUGAUUCUCAGCGCCUGGAACAAGCACGACAGGAUUCCUGAGUUGGUGGACCCGUUUGAACCACCAACGACAACUGCCUAUUUCCGUUCUGUCAGUCUCCCGCCUGACUCCACCAGCCUGUGUUUGCACGGCCAGCCAUUCAGGAAUGGUGACCACGCUGUGGUGAGGUUCGAGGCCGGGGUUGGUUCCGCUAAACUGCUGGAUGACGUUGCGCCAUUCAGAGAGGUUGCUAAGCCAUGUAUCCCGUGCUCAGCACGAUGUGAUGUGCUCGGCUGUGAUCCUGACUGUGACGCAGACGAGACGUACGUACAUCAGGUCCUCCUCACGGGACUGGACCUGUCUCCUGUGUUGUCUGUACAAGACUCCAACACAUCUAUAUCAACUGUACAAGACUCAAACACUUCCGUACAGGCUGUGUACUACCUCACCGUCAGAGCUGUUGCAGGCUCUGGCAGAGCGGCCAUCGCGUCGUCCAACGGGAUCUACGUAGACGUGACGUCACCGGUCAUAGAGAACCUGUUCCACGUGGAUCUGUCCUGGUCACGUGACGAGCCCACCCGCUACCAGGGGGACAACAGCUCCAUCGCUGUGUACUGGGAGGGGUACGACAAGGAGAGCGAGGUAGUGGAGUGCCAAUGGGCAGUUGGAACAAGCCCUGGAGAAACGGACAUCCAAAACUUCACAUCGGUUGGUCCGGAUCAAAACUUAGUCUACAGCGACAAGUUAGAGGGAAAACUCAGCAACAAGCAGACGUAUUACGUCACUGUGAGACUGGUCAACGGUGCUGGUCUGGUCAGCGAGAAAACUACAAGUGGAGUAACGGUACUACUCGACCCACCGGACACCAGCAGCAGCAACACGACCACAUCCUGUGAACAGACAGUGGAGAAAAGUUCCACACUGAGAGGCAUGGACGUGGAUCUGUGUGGAGACCAGGAGAAGAUUGACAUCUCCUGGACAAGAGUGGAGGACGACUCUGUCAACAAUUAUAUGUUCAGUGUGGGCACCUCAGAGGACAGCUCUAGUGACAUCAUCCCACAGACACAGGUCGGGUAUAACGAGUCGGGCUGGGUGCAGGUGCUGGAGGGCGAACUGUCCUUUGGCAGGUCAAAGGUCAACAUUUCGGACCUGCGCAGUCGUGCAGAUGCGCCGAGUGUCAAGACACAUCAUAUGUUCCAGAUGGAGCCUGGCAGGACGUUGUUUACAAGACUGACUGCUUGCCAUGCUGGUCACAAGUGUGCAGACAUUACUGUAAAGAAACGAACCAUACUGAGACCCCAGGACAAGCUGCUAACUUUCAGGAAUGGAUCGUCUGAAGGCAUAGAGCUGGCACAUGGGGAUGGAUCCGUGAAUGCGUCCAUCAUCAUAGCAAAAUCUCAAGACCAAGACACCGGUGUGUUUAAGCCUGGAGCUGUCGCAGCUGGUGUCCUGACUGACCGUGACGUCACUAUGAGGUACACUUCCGGUAAACCUUACAUCUCCAACCCUGCCUUCACCAUGCACCAGACAGACAGAUUCCUCAAAAACAGAGUUCGAAAAGCAUACGGCCAGUCGUUCUUCCUGGCGUCCAUUGGAGGUGACGAGGUCGAUGCCCCGUUAACAGUCACUGCGCAUUUCAAUGACUCAGCACUUCUGAGAGAUGAGUUGCCAAGAGUGGUGUUCUGGGAACCAGAGUCUGAAAUGUGGAAGGACGUCCAUGGCACCUGCACAGACAGUACCGAAGCUGUAGAUUACAACUGGGAUGACGGAACGUUCACUGUCGAGCUUUGCUGGACCACAGCGGCACGCACCCACCGCAGCCGCCGCAGUGAGCAGCGAUACUUCUCGGGCACGGCACAGUUCGCUGUCGUCAUCAUUAACGGAACCUUCCAGAACAGGCCGCCUGUGCUGCUGUCUCCACUGCGCAUGUCCAUGGGCGAGGAUGAGGGAACUCUGACUGCUCAACUCGUCGCUAAAGACCCGGAAGAUGAUGACUUGGUCUUCCGGUUGGCUGAGUUACAGCGGGACUCUGGCGAUCUGGUUGAAUUAGAUGAACAAGGCACGCUGCGGUACAAACCAGCCCUGGACUUCUCAGGCUCCAGAGAGAUCCCUAUAACCAUCUCUGAGUCACGUGCGGAUGGCAAUCCUCUACUCUCCACCACCCUGACGAUCGUCAUAGAUGUCGGAGACGAAAACGACACUCCGCAGCCGUUUGUGGUCCAUGAGGGAGAAGAGAAGCUGCAGGGAGCAGGAAUCCUCCACCUGACGGUGGAAGAAAACCAUCCUGAAAACGUUGACUUCGAGGUGCUGAGGUUCGUUGCGGGUUCCUUCGACGUUGAUGCUUACGAUGCGCUGACGUUGCACAUCAAGGCACCCUCCAAUGGAACUAUUGCAGUCGGGAAACAUGUGAAGGAAAUUGCAUUCAAAGAACCAAACUGUUCGAUGUCUGUGGAUGCAAAGAGAAGUGAGUGGGCGGACGUCUUUAACAAGUCUUGGGCUGGUCCUGCCAUCCCCUACCCAUGUGAGAUAGUACUCCCACACGCACCGGAUCUACUGAACUGGGCCGUUGCCGCUGUGACCUACACUCCAGACCAACACUUCUUCGGAGAGGAUACGGUGAAGUUCUACGCUGCAGAUGCGUACGGGGCGAUGUCCAAGCUCGUAACUGUUGUCAUCCAUGUUCUGGAAAACCCUUGUCUGAACGGAGGAAGGUGCGUCGGACCUGAAAGCGAUCCUGAAUGCCAACACCAGUCGCGCAGUGACGGUUUCCAUGACUACACCUGCAACUGUACGGUGGGGUUCGAGGGGAGGCACUGUGAGAUCAACCCUAAUGACUGCAUGCUCGACCCGUGUCCAAAGAACUACACCUGCAUCGACCAGGUGAACGGUUACGUGUGCCACUGUGAGCCUGGCUGGCCCUGUAAUGGCCUGACGCUAGGAGAGAUCGUGGGGAUCACUGUCGGCUGUCUGGUUGCUCUGAUCAUCCUCAUCGUCAUCUUCAAGCUGUGGAUGAAGAGACGGGCAGAGGCACGUAAAGUCUUGGACAGCCCGGCAGGAAGCAAUGUUAAUCUUCAGGGUCCCCUAGCACUGCCUCCGGGAGCAUUCCUGAACCCGGCGUACGAGAGGAUGAACUUCAACAACGUGAGGAAUGUCUGGAAUGAGGUGGAGGAGGUGCAGUUUCGUCACGUGGAACUCAAGGAGGCAGCACCGAAUGCGAAUUCAAAGAAGUUGGAGCCACAACCUCAACUGCUGCUCCCUCAACUGCUGCUCCCCCCAGUGGCUCCAGCCAAAACUGCACCAGAUGACUCUGAAGACUUCGGGUCUUUUUACAGCCUGCCCGGAAGUGUCACCUCCGAGACAGAUGGCUGAAGAUUUCUUUGCCCUUUUGCAAAAUGACUGGAGAUUUCUAUUAUGUCUUGCAGAUUUUAUUCAGUGAUUUUCUUUUCAAAAAUGAGAGCAAAUGUUUAAAAUUCUUACAAUGUAGAUGGCAUUGAAUUAGUUUUCCUGCAGGCUUGAGUGAACAUUAUCAUAUAGAUUAUGAAAGUAGAAUUUGAUUGAACUGUAUGGUUAGAAUUUGUGUGUUACAUCAUUUCUAGACAUGUCAUUAGCUCAAGAUUAAGAAUGCAUUCCUUUGCCUAGAUAGCUGGUCAACUUAGCUUCAUUCAGCUGGCUAAGUGAGAACAUGAUAACUCAUUCUAUGCAAGAAAGUUUUUGUAGAUAAACAACCUUGGUGUUUAUCGCUGCAGAUGAUUUGAUAAAAUAUCUGAUGUUGUCAAAAUCUGUAGAGAAAAGCAAAGUACAUACUAGUAUUCUUCUGUACCAAUGAAUAAUACAUUAGAAUUCAUCAUGAUUUACUGUUUUUUGUCAUACUAUACUUGCACUGUUCUGCACUUAUAGUGCUAGUUCAUAGUAUUGUAAACUCAGCAGUAACUUACAUACAGUACUCAAGCUAUGGACUUUCAUACGUUAUAAGAAAUGCAGCUACAGUUGAAAUCAUGUACUAGCUGUUGUGACAUUGUAUCCAAUUCUGAAUAAAUUACUCUUGCUUUGGUGUGUCUGCACAAGCU